GGUGCAGCUGGCUGCACCAUCGGAAGCGCGAGGAAGAAGCCAGAGGGUGGUUGCGGCCUCUUUACCUCCACAAUAUUGAAGCAUAUAUCUGGCCUGUAGUCAUGCUCUCGUACCUGGUCUCGGACUACCCUCCUUCGCCCUGAGCCGACGCUCUUCACGCUCGGACCAACGCAGGGGCGAUCGGCGCCGAUCUCACCUCCAGCGUGGCGGACAGCCGGCCCGAAGCUAGCCGACAUGGCUUAGCGUCCCCUAUUACGCAUAGGCAAAAAGUUUCAAGCUGAUAAGUAGCGGGGGGUGCGGGGUCGAGCUUCCCCGCCCCCGCGGUCUGCUGCUUUCUUAGACCUGCGAACGAACACGCGUCCUUGAGCAGCUUUUUCUCAUCCUCUUUUGCCAAACGCCAAACAUGACAUUCCAGAAAGAGGUCGAGGAGUUCAAGCGCUACCGACAUGCGUAUGCACUGGCGUUCUCCGCGGCGAUGGGCUCCAUUUUCUAUGGGUGGGACAUCGGCCUCAUCGGAGGAGUCAUCGCCAUGAAGUCAUUCAAGGAAUACUUCGGGGUCGACAAGAUGAGCAAAUCGGCCCAGGACGAUCUGUCCGGCAAUAUCGUCUCCGUGCUCCAAGCCGGUUGCUUCUUUGGUGCCCUCUUCACUGGCUACUUUUCCGGAAAGUUUGGUCGCAAGCCCUCCCUGAUCGCAGCAGGCGUCAUCUACAUCAUCGGCAGCCUAAUCCAGUCCGUGGUCGGACUGGGAAGCAGCGAGAAGGUCGGCUUGAGGGUGCUGUACUUCAGUCGCUUCCUUGGCGGCAUCGGAGUGGGCAUGGUCUCCGCUCUCGUUCCUUCGUAUGUGUCGGAGUCCGUUCCGAAGGCCAUCAGAGGCCGUUGUACAGGAAUGAUCCAACUUUGCAACAAUAUGGGUAUCAUGCUGGCUUUUUGGGUUAACUACAGUGCCAGCAAGAAUAUUGCGUUCGGCGACAUGCAAUGGCGCAUUCCGUUCAUUGUGCAGAUGGUGCCUGGCGCCAUCUUCCUGUUGUUGAUUGUUUUCCAACCGGAAUCUCCCCGAUGGCUCGUCGAGCAUGAGAAGUACGACAGGGCCGCGAAAGCGCUCGCAUUUGCCGCCGGCACUUCACCAGACGACCCCUCGGUGCAAGAGACAUUGCGAGAGAUUCAGGAGGAGUUUGCUGGCAAGGCGAAGACGUCUAUUUGGACCCAAAUCGCGAUGAUGGGCGAAUCUCGUACGACCGUUCUUCGUUCGUUCGUCCCAAGCUUGGUCAUGUUCUUCCAACAAUGGACCGGGACGAACACCAUCAACUACUUCUCCCCGACCAUCUUCGCCAACCUCGGCGUUACCGGCCAGAACUCGGGACUGUUCGCCACGGGCAUCUAUGGCGUUGUCAAAGUGGUCUCCGUCGCCAUCGUCCUCGCCUUUGCUGUCGAGAGCAUGGGCCGCAAGAAAUGCCUGAUCAUCGGUGGCAUCGGACAAGGCGUCAUGAUGCUUUGGAUCGCAGGAUACAGCGCGAUACACACCGGCUCUGGCGUAGACGGCGCGAGCUACGUCUCUAUCGUCGCAGUAUACUUCUACGCUAUCUUCUACUGCGUGGGCUGGGGACCUGUGCCCUGGGUCGUCGCCGGUGAAGUCGCCCCCAACCAUGUCAGGACGGCUGCGAUGGCAGUUGCCAUCGGCGUCAACUGGCUGUUCUCCUUCAUCAUCUCCAAGAUCACGCCGAUAAUGCUGUCGAACAUCACCUACGGCACGUUCUUGAUCUUCGGCCUCAUGUGCAUGAUCAUGGCCGCGUGGGCGUGGCUGUGCCUGCCUGAGACGUCGGGGUACGCACUCGAGGAUAUCAAGUUCUUGUUCGAGCACGACAUGCUCGUCCGUGCCCUCGAAGAUGCACCGGGCGGCCGGUUCUUCCUCGGAUCCAAGCGCUCAGUUCCCGUUGCGGACCUCAGGCGGGCGGAGGACGAAGCGAACCGGAACUCGUACGAUCCGGAGUCGAAGGACGAGCAGCCGGAGCACUUGGAGAGGAGUCGGGACGCGGCAGAAGCUGUAUAAAUCACGAUCAUGACGAUCGCCCGUCGUGAUCACGGCGGCACACGGGCUCAACGACUUGCGGGAAUCUGUACUUCUAUUCUGCGUCUUUGUUUUUUUGUAGAUAAUACCCUGAACGAAGGUUACUGUACCUGUAAUCACCGCCUAAUUGCCAAGCACGUG